AAAGUUUAAAAUUUGUUGGUAGUUUUGAUUCAGCUUUGAAAUGGAAACGUUCGGAACUGGACAACUUUAAUCCCUUCACUCCAGAGAAACGCUUUGAUAUGAACAACGUAGUUGAUCUGAAAGGGCCCGGUAAGCUCAUUUUACCUACCCCUGUGGUUUUAAAGAAUGGAAGUUCUUUCAAAAUGAUGGAUUUAAAAGAUGGAAAAUGGAUGGUAAUUUCACAAAAAGGUUUGGAAGAUGAAGGUCAAUAUCUGACAGAGAAGCUUAAGAUGCAACUCAGCGAUGGUGGGGCACCAUCACGUAAAUUCAUUGAGCUCAGGAUUGGCAAGGUAACGAUUGAUACAAAGUAUGAAAAAAGAGACAGUGAUGAAUCUUACACCAUGAAGGUUGACCCACGCAAAGAAGUAGUCUCAAUCGUUGGUGCAUCUCCUGCAGGAGUGUUCUGGGCGAUUCAGUCGCUCCUGAGUAUCAUCAGGAACGGCAAGAUACCCUGGGUCACGGUUAAAGAUGCUCCAAGAUAUGAGUAUCGAGGCUUGAGCAUAGAUGUUGCUCGAAAUUUUCUUCCUACGAAAGAGGUGAAGCGGAUCCUCGAUGGAAUGGCAAUGUUCAAACUGAACAAGCUUCAUCUUCACCUGACCGAUGACGAAGGGUGGCGUCUGGAGAUUCCUGGAUUACCUGAACUUACAGAAGUUGCGUCACAAAGAUGUCAUGAUCUGACAGAAACUCACUGCCUUAAACCUCAGUUAGGAUCAGGUCCCUUCAGAAACACUUCUGGUAGUGGUUACUACAGCGUAGAGGAUUACAAAGGGAUCUUAAAAUAUGCUAAUGCUCGACAUAUUCAAAUCAUUCCCGAAUUUGACCUUCCUGGUCAUUCCACUGCUGCUAUCACUGCUAUGGAAGCUCGAUACAAGAAAUAUCUAAGUGAAGGCAAAUUUAAAGAAGGGCUGAGGUUUUACUUGAAUGAUCUGAAGGAUAGAUCAAGUUAUCAAUCAGGGCAGUUCUAUUUCAACAAUGCUGUAAAUCCAUGUAUAGCGGCAACAUAUGAUUUCGUGGAAAAGUUGGUUCUUGAGGUCAAGGCCAUACAUGAAGGGGUUCAGCCACUCAAAGUUAUCCAUCUUGGAGGAGACGAGGUUCCCGUGGGAGCAUGGAAUCUGUCUACUGCCUGCCAAAGGCUGUCAGGGAAGUUUAAGUCGAGGUCUACCCAUCUGGAUUGGAGAGCCUUUUUCACCAAACGGGUCGCUCGAAUCGCUAAGAAAUACGGUGUCAAACUAAUGCUGUGGGACGAUGGAUGGGUAGAUCGUUCAAAAUCCCAUAUAGUGAAAACGAAAUUAGAAAGUGGCUCAAGUUAUGGCCAUGCCUGGGGAGACACUGUUAAUCUUGGUUACAGAUUAGCCAAUGAAGGGUACAAGGUGGUAAUGUCUCCAGCGUCUCACCUUUAUUUUGAUCACGCACACGAACCGGACCCGGAAGAGAGAGGAUUGUAUUGGGCCACACGGUACACAAACACUCGCAAGGCAUUCGGAUUUAUGCCUGAACAUUUGUAUGACAGUUUUGAAAUAGACGACAAAGGAGAACCAAGUGGCGAUUACUGUAGCAUAUUUGGAGGUUGUGUAAAACCACAAAAACUUGAGAACAUUAUCGGAUUAGCUGGGGUCAUCUGGUCAGAGACAAUACGGACCCCCUCUCAGUUUCAAUCCAUGACGUUUCCAAGACUUCUCGCUGUCGCCGAAAGAGCGUGGCAUCAAGAUCUAUUACCUGCAAGAAACACGGGCACAUGUGACACUAUUCCUGGGAGCUUAGAUAUUUCGACUAAAAAAAUAGCUGGAAGAGAUUCCCUUGGGAAGAAGGCCCUUAUCGAGGACUUUGUCUGUCUGCUUGAUCCGUUUUUUGUGAAAAAGAUUACUGAAGCGAAAUGUGACACGUGGGAGAAAAAAUAG